AUGCAAUCUUAUCUACGAUUAUUCAAUACAACAACUUCUUUUUAUUAUUCAAAUGAUAUAAAUAAUCCAUCUAAAUUACUAAUACAAAUUAUUAUAUUACAAUUAUUUUAUUAUCUUACAGCUAUUAUCAUAUUUUAUUUAGUUGCAAUUUUAAAUGGUUAUCAAUUUAAAUUGGAUUGGAUAUUCUCAUGGGAAUUAAUAGAUUCAACAAAUGCAAUGGGAUUAAUAUUAUUUUGUUUAUGGUUAAUUGAUUCUUUAUUAUGUGUUUUAUUUGUUACUAUUAUAGUUGGUAGAUCCAAAUUAGCUUGGGAUUUUGCAAUUACUGUUCAUAUUAUAAAUUUAAUUAUUUCAUGGACUUAUACUGGUUCUUUUCCAACUAGUUUAUUAUGGUGGUGCUUACAAAUUAUAAGUGGUACUAUAUUAGUAUUAUUAUCAACAUAUUCAACAAGAUGGAAAGAGUUGAGAACUACUUUUUUUAAUAAUAUGUUGGAGACUAAUGAAACAACAACAACAACAACAAGAAGUAAUGAUGAUAUAGAAAUGGUUAAUCAACAAGUGUAG